AUGGCCGUCCUCCCACUUUUCUCGCGUCUCCCCCGCCGUUCAGACUCCUUGAGCGAUACGACUCUGACUGAACGAAGGCUAUCCAAUUCUUCGAACAGGUCUUCUCUUCCAUACUAUAAUCCGGACCAAAAAGCCCCUCAUCGCUGGGUCUCAAGCUUCAAGUCGACACUCAACCCGAAGAUCGUGGGAAAGAAGAAAGCUACUCGAAAUCGGGUCCUGGUACUUCUUUUUAUCGUCCUUGUACUUGGUGGCAUUGCUGUCGGUGUAUGGUUCGCUCUUGUCCUCACUCUCAUCGACCGUCUUACGCCAACUAUUCCUUCGAAUGGGGUGCAAAGGAUUGUCAGAUCAUGGAGUGGACCUGCGGACUCUGUGGCAGCCCUGACUCCCUGGCCGAAGGACUUCAGUCGAGGGAUCUCACCGGUCCAAUGCCAUUCCCAUAAUGACUAUUGGAGAACCGUACCACUCUACGACGCCAUCGCAGCAGGCUGCACCGGGGUGGAAGCGGAUAUCUGGCUGGACGGGAGUGAACUGCUCGUUGGCCACCGGAGGCACUCGUUGUCAUCAGAUCGUACCCUGAAAUCUCUUUAUGUGGAACCCUUGACCACAAUUCUCUCCAAGAUCAACUCUGACUCGGCAUCGAACACACCCCUCGGUGUGUUCGACGUCGAUCCGACCACAACCCUCACUCUGCUCAUUGACAUCAAGACAGACGCAAAGACCAUCUGGCCUGUCCUCCUCGACCAAUUAGCGCCUUUGAGAACUGGCGGCUGGCUUUCGCACUGGAACGACACGAGCAAAACGCUCGUUCGCGGCCCCGUUACCGUCGUAGGGACCGGGAACACGCCCUUUGAUCUUGUCACAGCUGAGAAACACAGAUACGUCUUCUUCGACGCACCACUAAACGACAUUUCGCAAGACACCAGAUAUACCACUGAGAACUCCUACUAUGCCAGCGUAUCGGUGCACAAGGCUGUCGGUAUUGUGUUUCCGUGGGGGCCAACAGGGGGCCAAAAAGAGGCAAUGAAGAAGAUGAUUGCCGCGGCGUCGGAGCGAGGCCUCGUCUCCCGAUUCUGGAGCAUCCCCUUCUGGCCGGUGAGUCUGCGCAUGCAGCUCUGGCAGUUUCUGACAAACAGCGGGAUUGGAAUGCUGAACAUGGAUGAUGUGGUGGAGGCGACCCGGUGGAAUUGGGAUUGGUGUAUCGUGGCUGGGUUGGUGCUGUGCUGA